AUGCUAGAGAUGUCCAGCCAUUUCGAAGAAGUGUCGAUAAUUGUAGACGGUCUCGACGAAUGCGGAACAAAUACCAUCACAGUAAUUGAAUCACUCAACAAGCUUGUAUCCAACCAUCAGAGCAACGUUCGACUCUUGGUUCUCAGCCGAGAAGACUUCGGAAUCCGUGAAGUUCUCGAGAAAGAAUUUAUUUACCUUGAAAUCUCUGCGCAAAGCAAAGAACUGGAGCUCUAUGUAGCUGCCGAGUUAGAAGCACGAAAAGGAGCGGGAAGGGGAAGGUUACGCAUCAGGGGUAACGAGCUGAAAGAGCAUAUUAAGAAGACCUUGGUUGAGCGAGCUGCCGGAAUAUAA